AUGCAAUGCAUAUGUAGGAACACUAUUCUCUCUCAAAGUGAAAUAAUCACAGAUGAAGAAAUAAUCCAGUUAGAAACAGAUGAGAAGGAUAAGUCAGAGCCUGAGUUAUCUGAUUUAUCCAUUGUGCUACCUGGAAUUCAUGUGGGAAAGAAAUAA